AUGGGCGAAGGCACAAAGUUCCACUAUGCUGUUUACUACGACCCCUCAACAGACCAGUGCAGCCCUUUCCAUUACAAGGGCGAGAAGGGCAACGCCAACCGUUUUGAACACGAAAGAGAGUGCAUCAGGAACUGUUCAGAUAACGCCGAGAACAUCUACCCAAUGGAGGACGCCAAAGCAUGUACCCUCAAAAAGAUGGUAGGAGGAUGUGAUGGCAGCUUUUUGAGAUACUACUACGAUCCGAUACAUGAUAAAUGCAAAAAGUUCUUGUACAGCGGAUGUCUUGGAAACGGAAAUCGAUUUUUUGACUCCGGCAGCUGCAAUAACACCUGUGUCGGCAUUCACGAGGAUGGUGACGAGGAGGAGGAGUACGAGCCAGACACACCUAUUGCAAUCAUCUGCAUCGUCUUGAUCGUAUUAGUCGUGGCUGGAAUUAUCACAACGGUGGUUAUCCUGGCCGUUCGCUCAAAGAAAAAGAAGCCAAAGAAGCCAAAGAAGUCUAAAGGAAAGAAACGUAAAGAUGGCCAGGCUGACACACCUCUUCAGGACAAAGAGAUUGAAAUGGCAUAG